AUGGCGUCAACAACGGAGACCAAGAACUACAAGUUCAACCACACCAUGCUCCGGGUCAAGGACCCCAAGGAGUCGGUCAAGUUCUACUCCUUCCUGGGUAUGUCCCAGGUCAAGAAGCUCGAGUUCCCAGAAGCCAAGUUCGACCUGUAUUUCCUGGGCUACGACUCGCCCAAGGCCGCUUCGGGCGGCAACAACGUGUGGGACCGCGAGGGGCUGAUCGAGCUAACGCACAACUACGGCACUGAGAACGAUGCCGAGUACAAGGUCAACAAUGGCAAUGUCGAGCCGCACCGCGGCUUUGGCCAUACGUGCAUCAGCGUCGACAACAUCCAGGCUGCGUGCCAGCGCAUCGAGGAGGCCGGCUACAAGUUCCAGAAGAAGCUGACCGACGGGCGCAUGCGCCAUAUCGCAUUCGCGUUGGACCCUGAUGGUUACUGGGUGGAGAUUAUUGGGCAGAAGCCCGUGGAGGAGACGGAGAAUGUCAAGGAGACGGAUGUUGAGACGUAUCGGAUGAACCACACGAUGCUUCGUGUCAAAGACGCCGAAAAGUCGCUUAAGUUUUACCAAGAGGCUCUGGGCAUGUCACUAUUCCGGAAACACGAAGCUCAGGCAGCUGGAUUUAACCUCUACUUCCUGGGUUACCCUGGAGAGAAGGGGGCUCCCAUCGAGGGUCAGAGUACCGCCGACCGCGAGGGCCUCCUCGAGUUGACCUGGAAUUACGGCACCGAGAAGGAUGAGAACUUCAAGUAUCACGAUGGCAAUAGCCAGCCUCAGGGGUUCGGACAUAUUUGCGUCUCGGUCGACAACCUCGAUGCCGCCUGUGCCCGGCUCGAGUCUCUCAACGUCAACUGGAAGAAGAGGCUGACUGACGGUCGCAUGAAGAAUGUCGCCUUUGUCCUCGACCCGGAUGGAUACUGGGUUGAGAUCGUCCAGAACGAGCGAUUCGCUGACAAGGCCAACUUCUAA